AUGACGACCUCUCAGAAGCACCGUGACUUCGUGGCGGAGCCUAUGGGAGACAAACCUGUGGGGUGCCUGGCGGGCAUCGGAGAAGUGUUGAGCAAGAAGCUUGAGGACAAAGGUUUCGACAAGGCCUAUGUGGUCCUGGGCCAGUUCCUGGUGCUGAAAAAAGAUGAAGAACUCUUUCGGGAGUGGCUCAGAGAUAACUUUGGGGCUAACGCCAGGCAAUCUCGGGAUUGCUUUGGCUGUCUUCAAGAAUGGUGUGAUGCUUUCUUGUGA